UUUUUAAUGACCUCUGUGAGAAAAGAGCAAACUGCGACAAACAAAAGUAAACCAAUUUUUUCCUCACUUGUUAGGUUUUUAGGUUUCUCAUUGCCGCUUAUUUUUGCCAGUGAAUCUUCAACAGUUUAAUUUCAUGUUAUUUAUUAUUAAUAUUUAUUCUGGUUUUUUCUUCUUUUGUUAUAUGUUACAUUUUUUUGUUGUGUUUUCACCAUAUUAUCUGACAUUUACAGUUAUUAUUAAUCAUCAAAAUAUUGGUUGUUUCAAGAAAAAAAGCCAGAGAGCCAUGAGGUUAACCUUUGAAACACUUGGUUUUCAUGGUUAUGGUUUGAAAUUUAGUCCAUUUUCACCUAAUUUAUUGGCUUGUGCUGCUUCGCAAAAUUAUGGUCUCGUAGGACAAGGUUGUCUAUUUAUUCUUGAUCAUGACCCAGACAAAGGAAUAAGAUGUCUGAGAAAAUUAGACUGGUCAAAAGAUGGUUUAUUUGAUCUUACCUGGUCCGAAGCUGACGCUGGAACGAUAUGGACUGCUGGAGCUGACGGCACUAUUCAAAUUUGGGACAUUGGAUCAGGAGGAAACAGUGAAGGUCCUGUCAAAGAUGCUAAACUAGCAUCCGUUGUACCUGCUCAUCAGUCAGUUAUCAGUUCUAUUCAAUGGAGUCAAGUACGGUCUGAUCAACCAACCGUUUUAACAUCGUCCUGGGACUCAACAAUCAAACUUUGGGAUGGUCUGACCGCUCAUCACCUGACAACUUUCAAUGGUCAUCAAGCCUUAGUUUACGAGAUUGCCUGGUCACCUCUUCUUUCAUCAACUUUUGCCUCUUGCUCACGUGAUGGUACAAUCCGAGUUUGGGAUAAAUCGACACCGCCCGAUCAAGCUAGUCUAGUUAUUCAAGCUUCUCAAUCUGAGAUUCUUUCCUGUGAUUGGUGUAAAUAUGAUUCAAAUAUAAUCGUUGCAGGAUGUUCAGAUAAAUCAAUAAAAAUUUGGGAUCUUCGAUCCAUUGACAAUGGUCCACUAACCGUACUUAUGGGUCAUGAUAGAGCUGUGAAAAAAGUACGGUUCAGUCCUCAUAGCGCCUCAAUAAUUGCCUCUGUCUCAUAUGAUUUCACCACUCGUUUAUGGAACUACCUUAACUCGGACCAAAGUUUCUCAUCAAAAUCAAAAUUGAUCAUCACACGACAAAAUCAUAGUGAAUUUGUUUAUGGCCUGGACUUCAAUAUUCAUCUACCUUAUGUUUUAGCUGAUUGUGGUUGGGAUAGAUACAUUUGUAUCUUUGCCAAUCAGAUUUAGACAUGAAAGAUCAACCUGAUCACCCUGUGAAAAGGCGGCUGAAAGUUUAUUUAAAAGCUUUCCAUGCCUUUACCCUCCUACUUCCGUCUAUUCAUUUACUCAUUUCUAUUUUCUAUUUUCUCUCUUUCUAUCUCUCUCUCUCUCUCUCGCAUUUCUUCUCCCACAUGCUCUCAGUCACCUUAGCUUAUUUCACUCAUAGCUUUCAACUUUUCAUUUCGUCAUCAUAGCUGACAUUGGAAGGCUGAUUAAUCCCGCCAAAGUUAAGCUCAUUUCGUUAUACGUUUACUGCGUAUGCUAAUUUUUUUGUUCUCUUUUUUUCUCUUCAUUAUUUCUAAUUUAUAAACCAAAGUUAACAGAUUGGUUAACCAGCCAAUGUUCUUUAAAUCUUACUCCACCUCUUCCUUGCCUUGCUUCUCCAUCCCUAUUUUUCAUGCUAUUGUAUUAUAUAAAUAGUCGGGCUGGUUUUUGAAAAAAAAUUGAAACCAAUUAUUAUGAUAAAAUCCUACAAAAAAUACAAAUACAAUUCUUACCCUAGUUAAUUAGACGAGAUGAAAAAAAGGACUAGUUGUAAAAUAAGAUUAAAAAAGAUAGUUUCUGGUAUGGUGUUAUUCAAAUAUUGAGGUUUGAUUGUAUUUGAAUUUUUCUCCCUUCUCCUCUUUUCGCACCUUUUUGUCACCUUUUGUCUCAUAGUUUCUACAAAAUUUUCAUGCAUUUAUAUAACUAUACAAACAAGAGUAUGUUAAAUUAUAUCUUUACACCGAAUUAGGAGACUCAAAUAAAUCCAAACAAUUAAAUUGUAAGUUUGGGUUAUUUGUUUCUCCCGCAAUUUGUUUGCUCUUUGCGAAUCUCAUUCAAUUGUGAUCUUUCUUAUCUCUUUUUUUCUUGAUAUUUUCUUAAUGAAAAGUUUCUCUUCUCUCUAUCUUUCCUCUUUUCUUCUUUCACUCUUAUAUUGUUUGUUACCUUAAAUUUGGAAUCAAUCAAGUAAAUUAAAUCUUGCUCUUUUUCAAUGAUUAUUUUAUCAAUUAAUUUAUCCUUUCAGUUCUCUCUCUCCCUUCAAUAUUCAAAUAUUUUUAUUAACAGUCGAUUCAUCUUUUUGAUUCAGCAUUUCUGCUUUUACCAUGUUUACAUUAUGAUUGUUCCCAUACUGAUCAAGUUACCCAUCUAUUUAUAAGACCCAUCCAUCUAUUCAAGCCAGAUCAUGGGUAGAGCCAGGAAGAUGACAGUUAAUAAAGAGAUGGCAAUGCAAUGGGUCAUUCAUGUGUUGAAAAAUUACCGGUUGAGAAGUGUUCAGAUUGUGAAAAGUGAAUCACGUAAAUCUGCCGAUGAGGAAUCUAACGAUUUGAAAGUUUAUUGAAGGAGGACAAAGAUUUGUAACUUGAUUAAAUUACUCAUGAAUUUGUCUGCUUUUGUCGGGUCUUUUGUUGCUCAAUGUUCAAUUUUUGGUAAUCAGUUGAACCUUGAUUUUAGUGAAAAUUGCAUUUAAGAGAGUAAACGUCGUUUAAAUUGUAAUUUUUGAACAUAUUUUCAACAACUUUCUUCCUAAUGAUACUUUUCAUGACGAUAAAGCACUUCAAUGUGUACAUGUGAAAGUUAACGUAACUGAUGACAUUAUGAACCAUACGCACGACCGAGUUUUCAUUGUAAUAACUUAAAUUGUUAGACUAUCUUAAUGACCUCUCAUUUCAGUAAAAAUAUAUCUCUAUAUUAAAAUAAGUAAAUCAUUUGCAAGAUAAA